AUGCACUACAACAUGAACAGGAGGUUAACAUGAUAUAUAUUUCAUCAGCAAAGCAGCUAUAAAAGAGGAUAAGAAGAGAGCAUGCUGAUAUAAACAAUACAGGUUUCAAAAGAUUAAAAAGGGGUUUGCAGAUGUUUCAUGAGGUGAGAAAUGCAUUCAACAUGUUUUCAGGCCUUAAGGAUACAUAUAAUUUAUUUUUGUGAGAACAGUUGAAAGUAAACAAAACCCUGUUUGUUUACAAUUAAGACUCCACGGGACACCCUUAAUCAAAGCAUAUCCAUGCAUUAUUAAGCCAAAAAACGGUUCUUGCAGGUUCACUCGCAUCUAUGCGCUUAUGGGGCAACUGGUGUUGUGGAUUACAUAAGACUGCCUGUGCUCUCACAUACUGUGGGAGCCUACUCAUAUCAGUGGGUGACAUCCCUCCAGGGCAAAUUAUGCAUCCCCAGGGAGGCGAGAGUAUGUCAUCGGUGCAAGCGGUUGGCUGAGGCUCAGAAGGAGCAUUUUAAUUGUGGCUCGUGUCAUGCUGAAAUAAUCAGGGAGGCUGUGGCAUCAGAAAAGGUUGCCUGCAGUAAAUAGUGUUGUGUCACAAGUGCCAUGUGUUAUUUUACAGGUUUUCUUACAGGUACAAUCACUCAUACCAUUUGGAAGAGUAAAGAGAAGAUCCACUUCAUCUUCACUGUGUCUGAUGUUUUCUCAACAAAUUAAUACCACCUCAAUGUUGAGCUAUUAUAUUUACCACUGGAGGUGCUGUUAAUCCAAAGGAAAUACAUAUUCAGAUUCAGUUUGGAGGAGAAUAUUCUCUUUUCUGCAUAGAUCCAAGGAAUCAAAUUAAAGCCAAAUUCUUGUGUGGUUAUCAGUUUAAGUCAUGAAUGAGAGUAUGAAAACUUCAUAUUUUGGAUGUUUCGUAAUGUUUAUUCACACGCACGUCUUUGUCAGCUCUCUACUUUUUCUGUAAAAUGCCCCUCUGAUUCUCAUCUUUUGGAAUGAUUAAUCAUAUUUUAUAUGCCAGCUAAUUUGAAGAUCAUUUUUGAGAAAUUGUUUGUUCAGUUGAAAAACCUCUAAUUGAACUGCAUGGGCUGCGCUCAACAGAGAAUUACUGUUGUAAAGUUAUUCCAUACAUGAGAGGAAGUGUUUAGAAAAUUCUAAUUGUAUUCCCAUUUCAGCUGUUAGAAAGAAUGGGAAUAAUUUGCCAACCAGCUGACUGUGAGACAGGUGAAAUUGAACGUUCAGGCUUUGAGAGUGAACUUGAGGUUUAAUCUUAGCAUUCAACUAGAAAAUACUAAUCCUUGUGAGGAGUGUGCAUGUUCAUUAUCAAAAAAAAAAAUGAAAGUAAAAGCCAAGUGGAAAACAAUCAGUGACAGCACUCGCCACGAGUCUCUCUCUGAGUGCCUUAGAUAACUUGAGCAGUAAAACUUUAACACUGUCCCUGCCCUAUCAAUAGAGGAGAGAUAGUGAAUGCAAAUCCAACACAACACACCUCUACAGCACGCUAAAGUGUGAGCCUAAUUAGCUUCAGGAGCAGGUUUGUUGAGCAAAAAACAUAAAGAACAAGACAGUGAUCAAGGGAAAGACUAGGAAGAUAAAGCGCCAAGAGAGUUGGACAACCUGAUUUGUCUUUAAUUAAAAGUAAAAGGUUUAUCCUUGCAGAAGGCAACCGCUGGUCUCCAAAGGCCACUCCAAUUACUGAGUGAGACAAAAAUUAGGGAGUCCUAAAAAACCAGGAGUGGCCAGACUUAGAGAAAGGCAGAGAGGUAGAGCUGAUAGUUGAGAGGUGGUUCAAAAGGCAUGCUUGUGAACUGAUAUAUGUGAUGUGUUUGUAUGUGUGAUUCUUUGCACAUAUGUGUGUAUUAACAGGUCCUGCACUUGUGAAUGUUUAAGUGCAGGGUCAGGAGGGAGGGGCAGUAUAUAAUUUUCCAGUCUUGGAAGAUGCGUGUGUGUGUGUGUGUGUGUGUGUAAGUGUGCUGGAGCCGGGAAGGGGGGGGUUGAAAGAGGGCGUCCCUCUCAUGAUCCCUCCCCAGCCCUGCCCCUUCUCAAAGAGGAGUAUCCUGUAGCAGGUCCCAAAACUGGAAACUCAUUCAGUGCCUACUGAAUGGAGUGCCUUUAACGUGAGAGUGGAUGACUUGACUUCCAGCACGAAAAUAUGAGAGCCCUGAAUUCAGUCCUGGUCGGUGCCUUCCUGACCCUGCUCCUCUGCCUCCCCAGCCCUGGUCUUGGAGAAUCCUACUUUGGGGACAGCUUCUGCAGUUUACAAGCCGUUCAAGAUGUCUCCACCUUCCACCUGUCACUACAGAUCAAGACUAGUCGGCGAAGUGGGCUGCUGUUACUGGCUGCAGGAACAGAGGACUACUUGUUCCUUGAGCUCCAAAAUGGGAAAGUACAGGCACGGAUGAACUUGGGGGCUGGCGAGGUGACACUGUCCUCAUCCCAAGGAGUACAACUGAACAACCUUUUGGAGCAUAAAAUCUUACUCACACUGCAUGAUGGCAAACUCACCAUGACAAUUGAUGAGCUCUUUCCGACAUAUGUUCCCUUGAAUGAUGAUGGGGAACCGCUCAAUAUUGACUUGGGCAUUUGGCUUGGAGGAACAGGAGACCUGGAUGCUCCCUACCUCAGCAAUGCUAUUCCCCCUUUCCGUGGCUGCAUGACUCAGGUCAAAUUUGAAUCCCAUCAGUUUGAUAUUCUCAGCAAAGCAUUUAAAGAAUGCCAUGACACAAAGGAAUCCUGCAGCAGUGAGUUUGAGGCUGGUGAUGGGGAGGCAACUAGUUUCAGCACACCUGAUUCCUUUGUGUCAUUCCCCACCUGGAGCGGGGCUAGUGGUGCUCCUAGGGUCUUAGAGGUCCUAAUGAAAACCACCAUUGAGGAUGCGUUACUUGUUUUCCACCCUGGCCGAGAGUCAGACUUUAUUGCUAUUGGUGUUGUGAAAGGCUAUCUCAAAGGUGUGCUGGACUUUGGCAGUGGCAUGGAGGUACUGGAGAAUAAUAUGGUAAAGCUGGAUGAUGAUCAGUGGCAUAGAGUCAAGGUACAGGUCAGUGAGGAUUCCUUUGUCAUUUAUGUAGAUAGUCAGUUUUCCUCCCUCACUUUUAAUUCAUCAGAAAAAUUGGACUUGGUUGGAAACUUAUAUCUGGGAGGCAUCCAGAAGAAAAUGAAGGAUGUCUUUCGUGAGAGCGGGUCCUUAAAUCGCGCAGAAGAGGAGGAAUUAAUAAUCGAAUCCUUCAUUGGUUGCUUGUCGGAAAUCAAAAUAAAUCAGAAGGAUAGAAGCCUCCAGGAUGCUUUGGUGACCAAAGACGUUCAUGUUAAAUGUGAAGGAGAGGACUAUGACUACUCAACUUACUAUGACACAGACACAACCACAACUUCCCCACCUGUUCGCAAUCCAUAUGGUGAUAUGGACAUCAACGAACAGCACUGCUACCCAACAGAUGACACACCAGAGAUAUUCAAAAAUGUAACAAAACUUCUUGAUGUCACCCCAUUGCUUGUGCCUGAAGGUGGAGAAGUUCUUCUUGAUAUCAACAACCUUAGCCCUACUUUUGACCUCAGUGCUGCAGGAAUGCGUCAGUCUGAGAUAAUUUUUACUCUCCAGAAUGAUCCCUGGUAUGGCUUGGUUGACAUGAACAUUAACACAAGACGCACACAAAAGUUCACUCUUCUUGAUGUUGUCAAUGAGAAAAUUAAGUAUAUGCAUGAUGGAAAUGAAAGGCAUGCAGAUCAAAUAGAGCUACAUGUGGUUGUUCACACUGAGGGCUACCUUCCAGAAUGUUUAAAAUCUCCUCAAAAGUAUGUCCUCCCAGUUGAAAUUCUUCCCGUCAAUGAUAUACCACAACUUGGUGGAGGAGAAAUCACCAUCACAGAAAAUGGCAGGACUCGUUUGAGUCCCAGCCUUAUCAAAAUCAUGGAUUCUGACAACCGCUGUGAUGAAUUAGUAGUAACUGUAACCUCAGAGCCUUCAACAGAAGUUGGUUACUUAGAAAACAGCCAACAGCCAGGAAUAAGCAUCUCAGAGUUCACUUGCAGGGAGUUGAAAGAUGGAAAUAUCUAUUUUGUACACAGAGCGGGUAAUGCUGCUGGAAUUACACUGGAGGUAUCUGAUGGACAGUCAGUAAGUCACUCAGCUACUUUUAAGUUAUCUGUGGCACAGCCACAUAUGACUAUUGUCACCAAUACUGGCCUUUUCUUGUUCCAAGGAAGCAAUGCAUCUAUAGGUGUUCAAAAUCUGGCUGUCCUCGCUCAUCCUCGUUAUGGAGAUAUUAUUUAUAACAUUAUACAACCUCUGCUGUUUGGAGAACUACAGGUGAUGACAAGUGAUGGAAUGUACAAACAGGUUACAACUUUUCAUCAAUCCGAUCUGGAACAAAACCACCUUAGGUAUGUCAGCACAGACUCAAGUGACCAGGAAGAUAUUUUGGUCGAGCAGAUUCAGUUUGAUGUCCACCUAGGGCACUUCUCCCUCAGUAACAACACCUUCUUAGUCAAGAUCAUUCCAGCACUAGUGAAAGUUUCUAAUCUGGUUCCACUGGAGAUGCAGGCCGGUGAGGAGCAAACAAUCAAACUUACAGAACUUAAAGCUGAAAUAAAAGGGAAAAACCCAGAUCCACAAACUGUAAAAUACAUUCUCAUUAAGCCUCCAACGCUCGGUAGUCUCCAGCUAUUAGACAGAGAGUUGGCUGAAGGUGACCUCUUCACACAGAAGGACAUUUUGGACAGCAUUGUUAGCUACAGGGUGCGUGUGCAAAGAGCUGUGAAUAGUAUUGAUCAGUUUCAGUUCAGAGUCCUUGCUGAUGAUCAGUACUCCCCUCUAUACACCUUCCCUAUAAACAUCCUUGCAAUUGCAGAUGCUCCCGUUCUGACCAAUGAAAGGCUGGUUGUCUUACAGGGUGGUGAGCUCACUCUGAACAAAAACUAUCUUUGGAUACAGUCUCCAGGUAUUACAGAUUUUAUGUUCCAGGUCACACAAGAACCAAAGUACGGACGACUAAUAAGGGAUUCCCCACCCGGGCUGCCUAGAUUUGAGGGGGCAAUAAGAGUAUUCAGCAGUGAAGACCUCCAGCUUGGCAGGCUUAUUUACAAGCAUGAUGGCUCCAAGACAAGCAAUGAUGAGUUCCAUUUUUCAGCAUUUAAUCAAGGAGCGGAAAUUCUAGACAGUCAGGCAACAGUGAGUGGUGUUUUCAGAAUUUCUGUCCAAUCCAAGAACGAGCAUGCUCCUGUGAGGGUUGUGGAUAGAGUCUUCAAUGUAGUUCGCCACGGUCAGCGUCUGUUAACAACUGAUGUCAUCCAGUUUAAGGAUGAUGACUCUGAUUUCAAUGACACCCAAAUCGUCUACGCUCGUGAGGGAAUCCUUUCAGGCAAUAUCAUCUCAACAUCUAAUCCCUCACAGGCCCUUUUCCGUUUCACACAAGCCGACCUACGAGAUAAGAACGUCCUCUUCAUUCACCAUGGAGCAGACCGGGAACGCUUCUCACUGCAGGUUUCAGAUGGCUUCCACAAGACCACGGCACUGCUUCAGAUCCAGGCAGGUGAGCCGUACCUGCGAAUAGUAAACAACACAAUCAUUGUCAUCGACCAUGGAAGCACCAAAACACUUAACACCACCCUGUUGAGCGCUGACUCUAACAUGGACAUCAGAGACGACAGUGAGAUCAUAUUCCAGGUCACAUCACCACCCAGCGAUGGCAGGAUUAUUGUGAGUGGGAUUGAAGCUUCAGUGUUCACCCAAGAGGACCUGAAAAAAGGUGUUGUGUCAUAUGAGCACAAUUAUGAGAGUCUGAGGUCCAAAGACUCCUUUAGCUUCACCGUCCAAGCAAGAGGACAUUCUGAAGAGGGCACAUUUAGGAUUAAAAUAUUCAAGCAAGGUUACCUCUCAGAGCCUGAGGUGAAAACCAACGAGGUCAUCAUUUCCUAUGAGGGGGAGCACACCAUAAUCAACGAGGAUAAUCUCAAGGUGGAUCAAGCUGAUAUUUUGCCUACAGAGAUGGUGUUCACCAUUAAAGAGCCUCCUCGUCUCGGUCAUGUGGUCAAGCUGACAAACAGCUCAGACAGCACUGCUUCACCUGUCCCCAACUACAUUCAUUCCUUCACUCAAGAGGACAUUGAUCAGGGGCACAUUCUCUAUGUGUCUGCAUCCAUCCAGGGAAACGACGCAUUCACAGUAGAUGUCAGUAAUGGUUUUACCACAGUGGAGGACCUGCACAUCUCCGUGAAAAUUGUGCCACGGCUCAUCCCCAUCCAGACCUUCAACUUUACAGUGAAGGAAGGCCUCAGCAGAGCAAUUAACACAGAGAUUGUUAACAUCUCACAUCCUUUCUACAGAUCAGCAAACAUUGACUUCGUUGUAGAAGAGCCACCACAGCAUGGGGAAAUCCGCACCCAGGAUGGAGACGAACUUACUUACUUUACAUGGGAAGAGAUGGAACUUGGACACAUCUACUACAUGCAUGACAGCACCGAGAGCACAGAGGACAGUUUUACACUCUCUGCCACAGCUUAUGAGAUUGAGCGCCGGAGCCUCCCUGUCACCAUCUCAGUGACUGUCAUACCAGUCAACGAUGAGCCGCCAAAACUGACACGUAACACAGGACUGGAGGUUCUUGCUGGAGAGGAAGCUGACAUCACCACCAGCAUGCUGAACACUGAUGAUGCUGAUACCACUGCAGAGGAACUGGUUUACCACGUUGAGGUGCCAACCAAUGGGAUGGUGGCGUUGAAAGAAGCGCCUGAGUACAGCAUACUAAAUUUCACACAGGCUCAUAUAAACAAAGGGGAGGUCAUCUUCAUUCACGAGGGGGAGGAUUCUGGUGGUUUCAGUUUCACAGUGACAGACGGAGAGCACACGUCUCCUCUCUACCGAUUUGUUGUCACGGCCAGGCCUCUCACCAUCACCAUGGUAACGCAGGAGGAGCUCAUGGUAUUUCCAGGAACAAGGCAGCCCAUCACGGGUGCCAAUCUGGGGGCUGUAACCAAUGAGGAUGGAAAUGAGAUAAGCUACUCACUUAUCCGCCCACCCCGUUUGGGAAGACUUAUCCUGGCCAAUGGCAGGAGCCAGUAUGAGGAAAUUACCCGCUUCUCACAAUCACAGCUGGAGUCAGGAGCAGUCUACUAUGAGCACCAGAUACCUGAGGAACCAUUUUGGGUAGCAAGGGACUCCAUAGAGCUUACUCUGUCAUCCCAGCCAGCCCCAGAGGUCCGUCACAUCCUGCCCAUCACCAUCUCUUACUAUGCUGCUCACAGCAACACCUCCUCACAGCUGUGGAAGAACAAAGGUCUGGAAAUUGUGCAAGGACAGAGGAAAGCCAUUGACGAAUCAAUUCUUGACGCCUCCAACCUUCUGGCUAGCCUACAUGAAGAUGAGCAGGGUGAUGUGGAUGUGGUUUUUGAGAUUAGGCGUUUCCCUGACCACGGACGUAUCACCCUGGAUGGUCAGGACCUUCCCCGUAAUGCCCCAUCCUUCAUGCAGGAAGAUAUAAAUCAAGGAAACCUGGAGUAUCUCCAUGAUGACUCAGGGGCCUCUUUUGACAGUUUCUCUUUCAGGGCCCGUCUAAAGUCUGAGAGCCGUGGUGUGGCCUCACCUGCCGAAUGUGUCCUAGAGGAGAUCUUUAACAUCUCAAUCAAACGGCGGGGCUCUGAUCCUCCCGAACUAGUCACUAUAGACAUGCUCUUGGAGGUUCUUCAAGGCUCCAUGACUAUCAUAACCCAGAUGCAUCUUAACACUCAAGACGAGGACAGUCCACCAGACGAGGUGCACUUUAAAGUGACCAAAGCCCCUAGCAACGGUCGACUAGUUGACUCCCUCACAAUGGACCCCAUCUCUGAGUUCACACAAGAGAUGGUCAACCGUGGGCAGGUGGGCUUCUUCAGCGAUGGCAGCCUUGCCAAUGGCUUUGUGGAAUUCAUUGUGUCAGAUGGAGAGCACCAAACAAAGCCACACACGCUCCACAUUGGCAUCCUAGCUCGCACCCUGGUUCUUGACAAAGCCCCUGAGAUUAAGGUGAAACAAGGCGAUGAUGAGACCCUGGUGACGGAGGAGAUGUUGAGGGCCACUACUGGGGGCCCUGUUGAGGAGGACAUCCUUUACAAGAUCACAAGUGUUCCUAAGUAUGCAGCUGUCAUGGUAGAUCGGCAGCCUACAUCCGCCUUCACCCAGACACAGAUCAAAGAAGGCAGAGUCAGUGUCCGCUUUGUCAAGUCCACUUCACCUCGAGACAGUGUUGCAUUUGUAGCCCAGCGGGCUGCUAAUGUCUCCUCUGUCCUCAACAUCACAGUCCAGCCUCUGGCCAACAUUGCCCGGGAUCCUCUCUUACCCCAAGGUGCUCUUGUCCAACUGGACAGGAAGCUUCUGGAUGCAACUCCCCUGGCAAACAAGACCAGAACCUCCCCCACGUUCACUGUCAUCCAACAGCCAAGAGAGGCUCGUUUUGUGAGGUCUGGAGGUCCUGAGGCAGGCCAGCCAGUGGACACAUUCAGCCAGAAGGACCUGGAUGAGGGCCGUAUAGCUAUGGAAAUUGCAAAUAGCUCUUCCAGAUCACAAGGUAGUGUCACUCAGGACGAGGCUCGCUUCUUGCUCAAAGCCUAUGGGGUUCCCCCUGCAGAAUGUGUGCUAUCGUUCAAGACAGGCCCCUACAAUGCCUCUGGGGUUUACCCAGCCACGUUGUUGAGGAUUCCCUCAGAAGCCUCAUCAAAGGACAGUAAUGAUCUUCCCAGUGUGGCUGGUUCCCCUCGUUCCACUCCAGCUAGUCCCCACUGGAGGGGCGACAUGGACUGGCCCCACAGAGAUGCCCCCACUACAACAUCUUCCCACAAGAAACCCCAUGUUUCCCGGCGCAGCAACUUCUGGUCUAUUCUCAUCCCGAUCCUGGUAAUCCUCCUCCUCUUGCUGCUGGCAGCCAUCUUGGCAUACUACCUGAUCCGUAAAAACAAGACCGGCAAGCACAACGUCCAGACAGCAGCAUCCAAGCCCAAAAAUGGAGAGGUGGCCGGCACAGAAACCUUUCGCAAAACUGACCCAGCCAAUAACAUACCUAUGUCCAACAUGGAUUCCAAAGAUGCAGACCCAGAGUUGUUGCAGCACUGUCGGACAACAAAUCCGGCCUUGAAAAAGAACCAGUACUGGGUCUGAGACACUUUGAGACAGGACACAGACAGAGGUGGAUCCUCAACAAUUUGGAAGCCUCCUAAAAUCAUUCCUCUCAGUAUUAGAGACCUCUUGCCACACCAGUUUAAAUGAAAACAUAUUUUCACACCAUUGGUUAUUUACUUAUCUUAACAUAACUAUGGGCAAAUUCUCAGGCAAUGAAACACUGAAUACUUAUUAGCAAAGAAAGAGGCAGUAUCUAAGGAGGCUCAUGCCAGGUCUAUUUAUUUUAGUUUUAUCAUUCCUUUUUGUCAAAGGGCACAAAUGAAGACAUAAACAUGCCAUGUGUUUGCAAAAAGUAUUUUGGGUGUGCUCUGUCAUUGUAUUCCAUAUGAUAUCAUAGGCCAAUAUUAUUCAUUUGAGUGGAUAGGUAAUUUAAAAUCUUUGUGAUAGUUGAUUUUAGUUUUUGGUUAAUUUGCAAAGUUGAUACACCUUGUACAUGGAUGAUGAGGUAAAUAUAUGCUGUAUUAUCGAGAAGAUGAAAAACUGCCUCUGUGUCUUCUCUUUAUUUGUCUCUUUUUUUUCAAGGUAAUUUUUUGGCAUUUCUGCUUUAUUUGACAGUGUUAGUAGAGAGAGAUAGGAAAGGCAGGGUGGAGAGAGGGGAUUACAUGCAGCAAAGCAUUUGAACCUAGGGUGAUUGCGGUAAGGACUCAGUAGAGUAGGCUUCAUGGUACGCUGGUGAACCACCAGGCACACCUUCUCUUUAUUUUUCAUUGUUUUUUAAGGCACUGUUGUAUAAUGUUUCUGAGGGCUAAUUUCAGUUUAAAGUAGUAGUACAGCAUUUUGGAAAACAUGCUAUUUCCCCUUUUUUAGUUAGACGGGAAGAAUGAUACCACUUUAAAUAUAAAGCUACAGCCAGGAAACGUUUAGCUCAGCGAAGCUUAGCUAAACGUCAUGACUAGGGGGAAACUUAUAUGCUGGCUCUGCCCAAAGGUAAAAAAUUUCUCCACCUCAAAAGCUCACUAGUUAACAUAUUCUAUAUCUUUUGUAUAAUCCACACACUUUGUAUAAUUAACUGUGUAAAAACAAAAAGUGUUGGGGUUUUUUUGGGGGGGGGGGUUAUGACAGACUGUUUCUUGGCCAGGCACAGUGACUUCCUAAACCUGGCUAGCUGAAAGAGGCUAGCUGUUUCCCUUGUCAGAAAUACUUUAUUGAUCCCCGGGGGGCAGUCUUUAUGCUAAGCUAUUGGUAUAAGAGUGGUAUCGGUCUUCUCGUGUAACUCUCUGUAUUGCCAAUAUGUCAAGCUAUUUCUUUAAUGUCAUCACACAAUAAUAUUUCAGUCAUUUGACUUUUGUGUGGAAAAGGUUGUUUAAUACUAAAAACAGUUUAAAAGGAAAAACUUGUUGCCUCAACUUGCAGGUUGAUUGAAUUUAGCUCCAAGUAAUGUCAUCAUCUGUCAUAUGUUAUUAUUUCUGCAUGCUUCCAAAGUGCCUGUAAAUAUUCACUGGACUGGCACAGCACUGACCACAAAAAUACACAGAACACAGUUUGUAGACCACAGGCAGGACGUUAUUGGUCUUUAAUGCAUCCGUAUUGGCUGACAGGCAGGGGUGAGGUCAUCUCAAGCUGGGAUGCUUCCAGUUUUCAAGUCUGCAAUUAAGAAUUUUAUAAAAACUGGUUGGUGCUAAAGGGGAUGGGGGGUGAAUAAAAUGCUCCACUGGUUAGGUUACAUUGAUUUAAACUGAAAACAUUGACAGAGUUUGUUUAGUCUUCAAAGCUAAUGUUGAUUUUAAGCAUUCUAUAUGUAAGAUGAUAUAUAGACUCUCAUAUACUGAAAUCAUGAGAUUAUUUUUUUUAUUUUUUUAUUUAGACUUGUUUUGUAUGUUCAAAAUAAGAAGAAUGUUAAAGUAAAUCUGACUCCUCUUGUUCUGGUUUACCAUCACUUUGACCUGUGACUAAUCUAAUUGUACUUCAGGUGAAGUAGAAGGUGUGCAAUGAGAAAAUCAGUAAACUUUUUUUGAUCCACUAAAGAAAAGAAAGACUCAAAGAACAUUUUUUUCUGAAAGCUGUACAUUUCUUUUCUCAUACUGUAUACCGAUGACACCUUAUACUUUGUUAGUUAUAUACUGAAUAUACAGUAAUUUCUUUGCAGUAUUCAUCCUCUAUUGAUCUUAUAUUUUUGUAGUGUUUUGAGAGCAGUAGGUAGAGAUUUUACAAUCAGCACAGAGCUCAGGAAGUGUUGUGUUUCAUCAGACUGUGUAUUUCCAGUGACAUUGUCUCUUACAGACAAUUGAAAUAAUAAUAUUGGUUCCUCCUUCAGGAUAUCACAUCCACAUCUUACCAGUUUUAUGUGUAAAUAUUCUAAUUCUGCAAGAUUUUUGGGAUUGAUAGCGUCUCAAUAAAAAAAAAUAUAUAUCAUGUUUUGCAUUGAAGGUAUAUGUAUAUGUCUGUCACUCUUCUGUUUUCUACUUAUUUAGGAUUGAGUUUCAUCACCAACCCUCAUUUUUCAUUAUUUAUUAUUUCUGUCACCUCCAACACAUCAAUUCAUACUCAAGUUAUGUGCUUUGUCAGUGAUUAAACUGUAAUCUGUAAACUGCAGGUGCCUUUAAAAAUAAUGGUAAUACAAAGCUAUGUUUAGAGUCUGGAACAAAAGAAAUAUCUUUUGCUGCAGUAUGCUUCUGAGCUUAUUCUCGGCACUAAUGGAAAUAAAAACGUUCAUGCAACAAAA